AUGUCUACGAAAGAAAUUCGAAUCCGCCCAGCAGGCUGGGAGAACGCUCCCGCAGAAGAGCGGUUCGCUCUCUCUGAUAUGGAUCACACGAUGCCGAAGAUCUAUGUCCAGAUAGUAGAGAUAUUUAGGCUCACACAAUCCGUGGACAAGGCUGAGAUUGUGGACAGCAUGGCCAAGGGUCUGGAAUUUACCUUGAAUCAGUUCCCCAUCCUUGCCGGCGGCUUGAAGAUGGAUGCGGAGAACGGUCGAUUGUGGGUGACGAAAAAGAAGGAUGGUGAGGCUAGUCUGUUCGUGCAGGACUUGGAAGAGACUUUCCCGUCGUUCGAUGAGCUGGAUAGAACCGAUUUUCCCGCCGCAACUUUCAAAGGGCACUUGGUCUUGCCAAAAGCGGUGACAGAGAAACAGCUAUUCUCGCCUCUUGGGGAUAAUCAAAAAGACGAUCUCAUUGUAUCGACAUUCCAGAUCAACUUCAUCAAAGGCGGUCUUGUACUUGGUAUUGCUAUCCACCAUAAUUGUUCUGAUGGCCCAGGGUUUCUCACUACUUGGGCGAGGAACUCCAAAGCAGUGAUCAAUGGACUGCCUUCGAAGUAG